CAAACAACACCUCACACCUUGUCCCUCACGAGGCUGUUUGUGAUAUUACAGUGUUUCAUUUAUAUAUACUUCUUUUUUUAUGUAAGAGUGUCACUGGCCAAGGACAACGAAAAGAGCGGAAGAAACACCCAUCGAGAAAGAUACACCUGGAGCUUGCGACCAAGUAAGGAUGAAGGUAUCGGUGAGGGUCCGGGGAGAGUGGCUACAGGUACCAUGCAAAACAGGCUCGGAGACUGUAGCCUGGUUGGGAGAAGAAAGUUUGAAGAGGUACAUGAAGCUGAAGCCAUCAACGCACGUUCCUAACAAGGCCGAAAAGGUGGCAAGAGUCAGGAAGACGAGGGGAGGCGCCAUCCUGGACCCCUUUGAUAACGUGGCCGAUGUUUUAGAUGACAAUGACUUCGUGUCUGUAGUGUUGGAUAGUGACCGUCCAAAUCCUGUGACGGAGAGAGCAGAAGUUAAAUAUGUCACUGAGCAGCUUCCAGGCAGAUACACACCCCCCGAGGAAUACCUGACCCUGGACGGCGCUACGCUCACCCCUGAGGACCUGAUGGCGCUGGGAAAGUGUUGCUACAAGAUUCGGCUGAGCCAGGAGGCAGAGGAUGCGGUGAAGAGGUCCAGGGAGCUCGUGGACAACAUCAUCAAGGAGAAGAAAGUUGUUUACGGUGUCACAACUGGAUUUGGGAAGUUUGCACGCACCGUCAUUUCUGAGGAUAAGUUAGAAGAAUUGCAGCUGAACGUCAUUCGCUCCCACGCAGCUGGUGUGGGUUCUCCCCUUUCCGCAGAGAAGACUAGGAUGUUGCUGGCGCUGAGAGUGAACGUCUUGGCAAAAGGAUGCUCCGGGAUUAGCCCUGACACUCUUCACCAGUAUAUUGAUGCCUUUAAUGCCUCGUGCCUUCCUUGGGUGCCUGAGAAAGGAACUGUGGGGGCUUCAGGAGACCUCGCCCCGCUGUCCCACUUAGCGCUAGGCAUGUUGGGAGAGGGCAAGAUGUGGAGCCCUAAGACUGGAUGGGGCAAUGCCAGAUACGUACUGGAGGCCCACAACCUGAGGCCUAUUAAACUGAGGCCCAAGGAAGGCAUAGCGCUUAUCAACGGGACGCAGCUGAUCACGUCUAUCACGGCAGAGGCUCUGGAGAGGGCGGAGACCGUGGCCAAGCAGGCGGACGUGGUGGCUGCCCUUACGCUGGAGGUGUUGAAGGGAACAUCACGAGCCUUUGAUAGUGAUGUGCACAAGCUGCGUCCCCACAAAGGACAGAACGAAGUGGCUAGUCGGAUUAGAGCGCUACUUCAUAACGACACCUAUCGCUCCGAGAUUGCAGAGUCUCACCGCUUCUGUGACCGCGUGCAGGACGCCUACACGCUCCGCUGCACUCCUCAGGUCCAUGGCAUCGUGCACGACACUAUAAGCUUCGUCAGGAGUAUAAUUACCGAUGAGAUUAACUCCGCCACUGACAACCCGCUGGUGCUGGUGGAGCGUGACGAGAUCAUCAGUGCUGGCAAUUUCCACGGAGAGUAUCCCGCUAAGGCUGCGGAUUACCUGGCCAUCGGGAUCCAUGAGAUUGCCAACAUGUCUGAGCGGCGCAUUGAACGUCUUGUCAACCCAGCCCUGAGUGAGCUGCCAGCAUUCCUGAUAAAAGAAGGUGGUCUAAACUCAGGAUUUAUGAUACCACACUGCACUGCGGCGGCCCUUGUGUCGGAGAACAAGGUGCUGACACACCCUGCCAGCGUGGACUCCCUCACCACCUCGGCGGGCACGGAGGACCACGUCUCGAUGGGUGGCUUUGCUGCGAGGAAAGCUUUAAUGGUGGUGGAGAAUGUGGAACACGUUAUUGCCAUUGAGUUGCUGGCUGCGUGUCAGGCGAUCGAGUACUUGCGGCCCUUGAAGACUACCACACCCCUGGAGGAAGUGAUCAGGGUUGUUCGCUCCGUAUCAAGUCCCCUCGAGAAGGAUCGCUUCCUCGCCCCAGACAUUGACGCCGUGACGGACCUGCUCAGGGAAAACAAGAUAUGGCAGGCUGUCAAGAACCAUAUCGAACACUACCACGCUGUCCAGGACGUGGAGACGCGGGUGUUUUUCUCCCACCAUGAGUUUCGUGGGUCCCGGGCCGCUGCCCGUGAAGAGAGCAGCCGACAUAUCCAACGGGAGUCGAUCCAGGUCACCCGCUACACCGAAGCGCCAACGAACCUCCAGCAGGACCUCAAACUGACGGGCGGCGCCUUCACUAGACACGUGACGAAAGAACUGGCUUGGCUUGACUUGCCCUCGCUCAAGUGUGUGUGUGUGUGUGUGUGUGUGUGUGUGUGUGUGUGUGUGUGUGUGUGUGCAUUUAAUCCAUUUUGUAUUUUUACAUGAUUGAAUUUAUUAUAUAUAUUUUUUUCUUUAAAAAUUUGCAUGUAGUACUACUGUUUGCACACAUCUUUUCCCUGGUAAUGUGUGUUCCACUUUUUUUCUCUCAAAUGUGUGUGUGUGUGUGUGUGUGUGUGUGUGUGUGUGUGUGUGUGUGUGUGUGUGUGUGUGUGUGCGCAUUUAAUCCAUUUGUAUUUUUACAUGAUUGAAUUUAUUAUAUAUAUUUUUUUCUUUAAAAAUUUGCAUGUAGUACUACUGUUUGCACACAUCUUUUCCCUGGUAAUGUGUGUUCCACUUUUUUUUUUCUCAAAUGUGUGUAUGUGUGUGUGUGUGUGUGUGUGUGUGUGUGUGUGUGUGUGUGUGUGUGUGUGUGUGUGUGUGUGUGCGUGCGCGUGCGUGCGUGCGUGCGUGCGUGCGUGCUGCUUAGGUCUUUGUCUGAUUAGUCUCUAUUAGAAAAUAAAUAAGUAAAUAAUAGAUGACAGAGCUGCAGACUCAGAAAAAAACUUGCACUCCGGAACACUCUUGUGCCUUCUCUCUCUCUCUCUCUCUCUCUCUCUCUCUCUCUCUCUCUCUCUCUCUCUCUCUCUCUCUCUCUCUCUCUCUCUCUCUCUCUCUCUCUUUGUAGUCUAAGUGAAAGUUAUCAGGUAUUUAGGACUGCUUUCAUGAUUGGCGGUAGUUUGGCGAGGAUUCUGCAACAUCAGUAGAAGAUUCAUCCUUAUAAGAAUCCGUCUGAUAAUGUGAAGACUUUGAAAUUAGUUCAUAAGAGACCCCCGAGCGUUUCAAAAUACCGUCUCGUGAUCAACAGGAUUCGCGGGUUACUGUGUUAUUGAGAAAACUCUAACCUGAGAUAAGCCUGAGAGUGAGGAAGACGCAAAACUCUGUGUGUCAGAUUUUUUAUCUUUUCUUUCUUUCAUUCUUGUGUUUCUUUCUGAGGAUUAUCGCUUUUGUAUGUUGUCGAAAUAGUUCACUUUUUUUUUUUUUCUUCUUUUUCCGUGGAUUUCUUAUACUAGGUUGGAGUUUCCCCAAUAGUACAUACCUGUGUGGCCCGUGGAGAAGACAGCGGAGUGUAGGAAACAUUCACUUCUUUGGUGCGAUAGAUACAAUGUGCAAACAAAACGGCAAUACGCAGGAAGUUUUUAUUUAUUUAUUUAUUUAUUUAUUUAUUUUAUUUUAACUUUUUUUAGGCAGCAGCAGCAGAGGGCGAAUGCAUUACUCUGCUGUAGAUCUAUUAAUACCAUGUAGGAUAUUGCAUUAGUGGCGGGGCUGUAGAAAGAUAACGGCAGGGUUGGUAUUAAUAAUGGAAAUGUCUUUAUGCUUGACCAACAACAUCGCAUCGAAGGCACAAUUUCACUGCAGCAUUCACCGCCACCAACAGAUCCGUGCUUGCUUACGUCCCCCGUUCCUCUGCCAUAUGAACGUUACGGAACCAGAGACCUUUUUGUUAUAAUUGUCACCAGGUUGGGGAUUUCUGAUAAGUGUGAAACCAGAUCAAGGUGCGGGUGAUGCCAAUUGUUUAGAAACAUUACCAAACAACUGUGAAAUCGGGCCUAAAGCAGCCGGACAUAAUAUUAUCAUACUUCGAGCGUGGCCUGCAAAAACUUGAGGCGAAUUCGGGCCAGUUCCAGGCUCUCGUCGUAAAUUUCCAAACGAAACACUGCUCUUAGUUGUUCGGGAGCUUACUAACAUGGAAGCGUUUUGGUUGGAUAGCUUGCGAAAAGACUGGAAUGGCCAGAUAUUGCCUUACCGGUUCCAAGUUUUGAUACGCUCCCACACGAAAAAGUAACAGCCAAAGUUGAUUGUGGAAUCUGAUCACGGCUGAAGUACUUUUGUUGGUUAUCUAGCAAACGUAAAAGGAUGGCUGUGGGACCGGCCCAAAGACUGAACAUGCGACAGCAGAGUAGGUAAAGCCUCGGGUUCUCAAGAUACCUAUCCAUAAAUCUGAAAAGGAAAAAAAAUUCCGUUGCUUAAACAUGUUUAUUUCAUAUUGUUACUGUUAUGCUUGUCCUUUGUGAAAACUCAGAGGAAUGUUAAAAAAAAAGUGCAUGGACGCACAUACGAAAAAAGAAAAAAAAGUGGACGAUCUUUUUCUAGACUACAGGACUAUUUAGACAUAAAAAAAUUAUAAUGAUAAUAAAAAAAAAAAAUAUGCCUAAAAAGUUAUAGGUGAAUAGCGGGAAUAAUUGUGUGACAGCGAAGGAAAUGAGAAGUGUAAUGUGCCCACGCCAAGACUGGGUUCCGCCGAUCAGUCUUUCAUUUGAUGAACAGGAACAUCAACGAAAUGAAGAUGUAAGGAGAGCAGGAGUGGAAAGCAUUAUGGAAGUGAUCAGAUAAAAAAAUGAGAUGGUUUACCCACUUGUGAAGAAGAGAAGACCAGGAACUGAUUAAAAGAAUGGAGAAAACCAGUUGAGGGAAGACAGAGAGUGAAAUGGAGAGAUGGAAUUGCGGUAGAUCUGCAAAGGAGGGGAGGCACGGAAGAUGCAAGGGACAGAAAUAACUGGAGGAAGCUGUAACAUAGCGCCAACCCCUCACUCCAGGGAAACGGCGAAAGGAGGAGAAGAAACAACCGCGAAUUUCAGAGCCACGGUCGGCAAAGAGAAAGAAAAGAGAAAUCAAUAUUUAAAUGCAUUGUUCAGUGUAUCACGUAAGAAAGACUUACGUAGACAGGAACACGGCGUGAGGCACCCCUGCAUUCUCGUGUUAGAAGUGAAGGUCCCCUCUAAUAUUAAUCGCUUUGGGCUUGCGGUCGCUGGCGCCUCUCCUCAUCGCCAUGAGGGAAGGAAGUGAAAGUAACGCUUGGGCUCAGUUAAGGGAAGAGUGUUUCAUCUGAAUCUUGUGGUUUGUGUUGUUAAGGGAAGAGUGUUUCAUCUGAAUCUUGUGGUUUGUGUUGUUAAGGGAAGAGUGCUUCAUCUGAAUCUUGUGGUUUGUGUUGUUAAGGGAAGAGUGUUUCAUCUGAAUCUUGUGGUUUGUGUUGUUUGUUUUUAAAAGUAAUUUUCCUUCUUUUCGUCGAUUCUUUCUUUCCUUCUCUUCAUUCCGUCCCUUCUCCCUCCCUUCUUUCAUUCUGUUCCUUCUUCCUCCCUUCCUUCCAACGCUUUAUCCACCGUCUCUUCUUCCUUCCCUUCGUUCAUUCAUUCAUUCUGUUCCUUAUUCCUCCCUUUUUUUUUCCUUCCCUCCCUUCCUUCAUUCUGUUCCUUCUUCCUCCCCCCCCUCUCUCUCUCUCUCUCUCUCUCUCUCUCUCUCUCUCUCUCUCUCUCUCUCUCUCUCUCUCUCUCUCUCUCUCUCUCUCUCUCUCUCUCUCUCUCUCUCUCUCUCUCUCUCUCUCUCUCUCUCUCUCUCUCUCUCUCUCUCUCUCUGUUGACAUGAAGUCCAAGUAUCUUUGAACAAGUCGCUACGAUUUAUUUGGCUUUGGUUUUAUUUUCUUCUUCUUCUUCUUCUUCUUCCUGUUGUUGUUAUUAUUAUUAUUAUUUUUUUAUUUUUUUAUUUUUUUAUUUAUUUAUUUAUUUAUUUUUUAUUUUAUUUUAUUUUAUUUUAUUUUAUUUAUUUAUUUUUUUAUUUUUAUUUUUUUAAGACAAAGGAAGGACCGUUCAAACUGGAAAGGAAGAAUUUUUUGCUAUUAAUAGGCGAUGUACGAUAUUUUUAUUUUGGUGUACGACUGCCGCGCCGCCCCGUGUUUCGGUCUUUCCCUCCCGUCACCGCCAAGCCUCGGAAUGGUGUGCGGGGGAGCCAAAGACCACCUGCUCAUUUCAUUUCACAAACACCAAUGAAAAUGAGCGCCAUAUGACCACGAUGUUGCGCCGCAUUCCAAUUUUAAAUCAGUUAAUUAAAACCAAUAAAAAAUGUUCAUAAAGGUA